UCAAAAUAUCAUUUAACUGAUUCUUUUUCUUAACAAAGAAUUUACACACACAAAAGAAAAAGAAAGAAAAACAAUAUUUUGCUCUUCAGUAUGAAGUCAACGCGCAUCAUCUUUUGACAGUAGAGGAUCCUGCGUCUCCAUGCGUCUUAUUUCAUCAAACUGCCCAUUUCUAACAUUCGAAAUGUUUUGAGACUGGAACUGCGAGGAUGUGGACGUUACCGAGGACCCGGUUCGCGCACUGUAACGGAUCGUCGAAUAGCGAGGAGACAGAAAUCGCCGUAAAUAUCGGCGGCGUGCGGCUGGUUCUAUGCGGAGACAUUUUGAACCGCUAUCCGGAGAGCAGGCUCGCCGAACUUGUGAACUGUUCACCUCGGAGUUUUGAUGUCAUUUCAUCACUUUGCGAUGAUUACGACCCUGGGAAAAGAGAAUUCUACUUUGACAGAGACCCUGACUCUUUUAAAUGCAUCAUAGAAGUGUACUACUUUGGGGAGAUCCAUAUGAAGAGAGGAAUCUGCCCGAUUUGUUUUAUCAAAGAAAUGGAGUUUUGGAAGAUUGACUUGAGCUACUUGGACGAAUGCUGCAAGAGUAACUUGAACGAGAAAGAGGAAGAGUUGGCAGAGAUUGCGGACAAGGUGAAACUGAUCCUUGAUGAUCUGGACUGUGACCUUGCCGUGAGUCGCACGGAGAGGUGGCAGAAGUUCAUUUGGAGACUAAUGGAGAAGCCGGAUUCCUCGCUCCCCGCACGCGUAAUUGCCGUCGUGUCCUUCCUCUUCAUUUUAGUGUCAUCUGUCGUAAUGUGUCUCGGGACCAUACCGGACCUCCAGGUUGAGGAUUCCGAAGGGAACCGCGUUGAGCACCCGACCCUGGAUGCUAUUGAGACGGCUUGCAUCGGUUGGUUCACGGUGGAGUACGUGCUGCGCCUCGCAUCCUCCCCAAACAAGUUGCGCUUCGCUCUCUCCUUCAUGAACAUUGUAGACUUCAUGGCCAUCCUGCCCUUCUAUGUAGUGCUGAUUCUCAAGUUUCUCGGCACGGCAAUGAUGGAGCUUGCCAACGUGCAGCAGGCGGUGCAGGCGCUCCGCAUCAUGCGCAUUGCGCGGAUCUUCAAGCUGGCGCGCCAUUCAUCUGGACUGCAAACUCUCACCUACGCGCUAAAACGCAGCUUCAAGGAGCUGGGACUGCUCCUUAUGUAUAUGGGAGUGGGCAUCUUCGUGUUUUCAGCCCUCGCGUACACCAUGGAGCAGAGCCAUCCGGAGACGCUGUUCAGAAGCAUCCCUCAGUCCUUCUGGUGGGCCAUCAUCACCAUGACCACCGUCGGCUAUGGGGACAUCUACCCAAAGACCACCCUGGGCCGGUGUAACGCGGCCAUUAGCUUUUUGUGCGGGGUGAUCGCCAUAGCGCUACCCAUACACCCCAUCAUCAACAAUUUCGUCAUUUAUUACAACAAGCAGAAGGUGCUCGAGACCGCCGCCAAGCACGAGCUGGAACUCAUGGAGCUGCGGUCGACCGAGCUUGCAGUAAAAAGCGCCUCGCGCAAGUCUGACGCGCCCGAGAGACCGUGGGAAGGUGCCAUGCGCGCAUCGCGUAGCGACACAUUCAUCCCUCUCCUUUCGGGAGCGCACGGGACUGAGAGGGACUCCGUGAAGAAGAAAAGCCUGACUUAGGACAAAUAUAAAAGAAACUCGAAAGGCACUUUAGGUUUUACAAGAGGUGGCGUUACCAUGGUCAUUUGUGUGCUAUUAACCGUUGUGCUGAAUCGUCCAAAGAGAUGGAAUGUAACAGUCAAGCUGCCUGUGUUGUUUUCAAUGGACGUCAUUUUCUUGAUGCGUAAAAAAAUCUCUUUAGUGUUAUUUUGUCUUAAUUAAAUAAAAUGCAUGUCAAACUCCACAGGCAUAUGCGUUUCGGAGGUGUUGAGCCAUGCGCAGUGACGCCCCAAAAUAUUUACAUCUUAAAUCCAGAUUGGGUGUAUUAGGGAAAUCUGUACAAGAUCUGUUAUGUACAUUUUUGCUAAACAAGAAACUGAAGUUGAUUAACAUUGCUGUAUAAGUGUGUUGGCUUGUGAUAAAGUCUCAUUUGUAAGUCUAAGUUUUGGGGUGAGUCAAAAGUGCAACAAUUUCACACAUACCCUAAAUCCACCCGAUCAUAUGUAACAGUGUAUUUAUAGCCUAUACAUAUAACAGUAUAGCCCAUUGCAAAAUAGGCUAUCUAAAUUGCAGGUUGUAUUGGUUGCCAGGAAGCUGCAAGAUUCUUGUGAACAUCAACAGCCCACAUUUUUAAAAUAGCUUUGUUUUAUUACAUUCAUGAUGUAGACAUACUAUCUUCUCUCUUGUACAUCCCUUUCCUUGUCUUCUCUGCUUGGCUGAAGGUGGAAAGAGUAAGAAAGAGGGACUGCUUGAUUGCAGAGCUACAGGGUUGUAUACCUCACACUCUCCCCAUGCAAUAUUUGCCCCUCUUUCUGGUUUGAGUAAAAGCAAUCUUG